GUGAAAAAUAAAUUCCUGCUGUCAUCCUACUGUCAUGAUGAUUAUUUUAUUAUUAAUUUAAUUUGUUUUAAUUACGAUUACGAUCGUUUAAAUUGUUCGCGUUUUAAAAUGAAUACAUAUUAGAAGUAUUUGGUGAUAAAUACGAAUGAUUUUGUAUCGUGGAUUCCUAAUUUUACGUGAUUCACUACGAAGACGAACAAUGUAAACAGCCUGUGCCUUUCAUUCUCGUGUUUACAAAUUGAAAUGCCAUCCAGGUGCGAUGAAGUCAAACACAACAUCUUGCUACAUUCCGAAGAAUUAAACGUAUUACUUUGUUGAAAAACCAAUCGGGUAUCAUGUCAGCGUUUCAAAUCGACAUCAAGAAAGAUGAUUCUCAUACAGAACCGUCAGCAGACUUGAACGGUAUAUUUGUAAACAACGAAAGAGGAUGCGAAUGGUACGCGUUAGCCGAAGAUUUAACCAACGAAGUACACGGAUUAGGUAUAGAUGACUUGCACAGCGUUACCGCUCAAUUGCUCUCAUCUCAGCCGCUGUCGAGCUCGGAUGAAACUUCUUUAUCGAUGGAUGAUCCUCUUCAUUACCCAUUGAUUUCGAGUCUGGAUGUAAUACAAGAAACCUGUGAAAGUUCUUCGUUAGACGAAGGUGACGGUGAUAUUGAAACCGAAACGAUGACGGAGACUACUCCCGAGGAAACGGUUACCUCCGAAUAUGAUAUGAAUUUCGUUCCUAGACAUAGUCGUAAGCCGACUACGAGUUCUCCCAGUAUGAAACGUCUCAUGUUAUCUACCAAAACGGCCUCUACUUCUGAAAGUAACAAUAGCGAUUCGUCCAUUCAGAGUUAUACUUCUGGUCAAGGUAAAAGAAAAGGAGGCUGGCCUAAAGGGAGGAAACGUAAACCUCCGGAUAUGUCCGACCUCAAACCUCCCAAAGCGCCUUCAACCGGUUACGUAUUUUAUCUCAUCGAUAAAAGGAAACAUUACAAAAACUUACCAUUCCACGAAGUUACUAAAUUAUUGGGUAACGAGUGGACCAAGUUGGAUAAAUCGCAGAAGAAAUUUUACUUGGAUAAGGCUGAAAUCGAUAAGAAAAGGUAUAGAGAAGAAUUGCGAGUUUAUCGUAAAUCUGACGCUUAUCAGACCUAUCUUCGGUGGAAAAGAGCCAAAAGAAGACAAACUAACGGUACUGAAGAAUCGGAUUUCGAUGCUACCGAUGAAAUUGAGGAGGAAGAUAACGAAGAAUUAUAUUGUAAAGCCUGUGACCAAUGGUUCGUGACGUUUCACAAUAAAAAAGAACAUCUGUAUGGGAAACAGCAUCUUGGGAAAAUAUCCAGCAAAUGGAAGCAAUCGUUGAGAGCUACUCCAACGACAAGCAAUGAUAACAGUAGUUCUUACUCGUUCGAUGAAUCUAGCUUGGACGCAGCACCUCUGUCGCCCAAACGAAAUACAAAUGUUACCUAUAGUCCCGAUAUUACCGAACCUGCGUCGCCUAGUAUGAACGAUAGUAUUAUAUCUGUAAUGAAAAGUUACUCUGAACGAGAAAACGAGAUAAAUUACUUGAAAAAUCGCAUAGGAACAGCUCAACAAAAAUGUAACGAACUAAACAAGCAAAUCGGCGAAUUCAAAUUACGUAAAAAACAACUCUCGAAAAUGACAUCAACGAUGAAAGAAGAAGAAAAACGUAAUCAACGCGGAUUAUCGAAAUUCUGGAGCAUUGUUUCCUUAUUCGUUACCGUAAAAGGAGACACGAUGACUUCUUAGUUCUCGCUCAGUAUUAUGAAAAUUUGACAUUUUUUUUUCUCUUUGGCUACGACUUUCUCUUCGCAUUAAUAUUACAUAUUAUAAUAGAGACGUAGUAGUUAUUUUUUUAACGUUUACUUUUUUCCGAUGGUUGUAAAAAGAAUGCAGGUUGUUUCGAUGGAAUGUGAGACGACCACCUUGUACAAUCAAUUUUAGAAGCGUGUAGAAUUUUAUGAGUUGUAAUCUGUGAUACCUCGUUAGGGGUUACCCCCGGUGAAUGAAAAUUCACUAUCGUCGCGUCAUUUAUUCGUCCAUUUUGAGUAUCGAUACCGUUUCGGAAUUCUACGAGAUAAUCGUAGAUACCAAAGACUUGAGGCAUUUUGUUUUAAAAAAUGUCUAGUUGUAAUUUUUUUUACUAGAAGAAAUGUGAUAAAAAAAAUCUAAACGUCAAAUAUGGUUGAUAAUUUUUUGUUUGCAUUUAAUUCGAGGUGCCCGUUCUUCUUACCACGUAUUCCACGACUUUUUUUUUUUUGAAUUCUUUUUUUCUUUCUGAUUCCAUUACUUUGUGAGUACAAGUUUUUUGUUUUUCUGUAUUGUUGCAGAGCGUGUGUGUGUGUGUGUAAAGAAACAAAGUAAUAUUGUUAUCUAUUAUUAAGAUGCAUUUAAAAGAACAACGAAAUUUUAAUCGUGUUGUUAUUUUUAAUUAAUAUUUUUAUCUAAGUCAUAAUUAGUGUGUUUUAGAAGCUUUAUUAUUUAAUAUGGGCUGAACCAAUGACCGCUGGAAGAUGUUUCCUUAUUUACUUUUUAUGUUUCGUUCUUUGAAAGAAUAUUCGUUUAAUUUACGAAGCCAUUUAUGAUCGGUGAAAAUUAUGUUUAGUAAAUAUUUUCAAAUUCA